AUGGGUUUCGAAAACAAUGGAAGAGGCAAUCGUAAGGGUGGAUUAACUGGAGGCGGUUCCCCAACAGGCACUCCACCUACUUCAAAUCCAACAGGAAGAGGAAACUUUUUUGAUCCAUCUACUGGAGGUUCAUCUACAGGAGGUCCAUUCCAAGCAUAA